AUGUCCACUCGUUUGUCUGAAGGUGAAUUAGACCGAUUAGUGAACUAUUUGCGAGAUAAACCCCUUUCGGCCGAACCGGAAAAAUACAGUAUAGUGCUUGGGAAUGCUCAAGGACAUCCCAUGGAAAUUGAUAUUCUUAAAAUGAUCUUCGCUAAUGUCGAUAAUAGUACAUUGUUUUUGGGAAUGGGUGGGUCGUUCUUUAGUCUUUUGGGUGAUAAAGAGACCAAAGAAAAUGGAACUGCCACUUUGGCCUUCUUUAAGUUUAGUCGAGAUCUAUGUCAAGAUGCAUCGGCUGAUUAUGAUCUGCUGUGUAAGAGUGCGUUUGCUUAUCUUGAAAGAACAAAAUUACGCUAUCUAGAGGUCAAAAACGAAAUAUUCACUAUUCUAGAAGAGGCUGUGCAACAUAAUGUAAGCAUUCAAAGCCACUCACUUGUUCUUCUCUUAUCUGAACAGCCAGUUGCUUAUCUAGCAGAAAUACUGGUCUUUCUAGGUAUUGCUGUGAUGAAAGAGACUUUGGAGUACAUUUUGAUAGAGAGCGAGAAGAGUAAGAACGCGCAACUUCAAAAGAACGCAGGGGCUCUUUUACUGGCCUUAGCUGAAACUUUGCAGCCUGAAUGGGUCUUUGACCUACUGGGUAUUUACUUGCAAGGUCUGUCCUCUGAGCCCCCAAGUAUUCGUAAUGCAGUUAUUGAAAGCACGACCUUUCUGGCGGGGUUCUUGCGUCAAGAGAUCGAAACAACGGAAAGAGGCGAAAAGGAGUUACAGGCACUGACCACUGCCUUGCAAGAACGUCUGUGGGAUGUAAGUCUUUUCUGUCGGGCUAAAGCCAUUCAGUCACUAACUGAAAUGGUUAAAGUCGGCUCAGUACUAAGAACAAUUAGACAGCAAGUAGUUGAUAAUGUUUUGGCGCGAAUUAAAGACAAGACACAGAUAGUAAGAAAGAAAGCCUUAGUCUUCUUUAAAGCAGCGUUGGAGACCCAUCCGUUUGUCCUGGAUGGUGGUAUGCUUUCGCCCGAAAUUAUCAAGAAGUACCAAGACCAAGAGGGCGAGUACCAUCGUGAUUGCGUCCAGUUUUAUGAAUCCGUACAAACAGGCCUUACUUACAUCAAAGAGGUGCUUAAUACUGGGUCGAAAAGUGAAGUGACGGAAAUCAUUCAAUGUAUUUCCUUAUGCAGUUCGUACGGUAUAGAAGGCGCUUUAGAGACUUUCCCUUAUCUAUUUACGCUUUCGUGGCACCGAGUAUCUGCCGAUGGCAAGACAACCACGGAUACUUUGGCAGAGGAAAUCAAAAGAAUGGCCGAUGGCGAUCCUAGUAAGCUAAUUGAUUUAAUGGUGCAGUUUGAUAAUGGCGCUCUGGCUUAUACUGGAUUUAUUCGAGAAUUAACACUGCGAGGUAUUUUAGGUCUGGAAGUUGUUAAUCGGUUGAUUGCCCGGAUUGAUCGUAGCCAAGCAGAUAAGAAUGCACUUCCCUACCUUAAGCUACUUCGUCGGAUUACAACCACAGACCGAUCUGUUUCUGAAACUAUUUUAGAUAAGAUUCUUGGCCUGCUAGAUACAGCUACGGAUCCCGAACUUCUUUCUGAAGUGAUUAUUCUGAUUGGUAAUUUAGACUACCGAGUUUGUAACACUUCCCGUAUUAUUGUAGCUCUUAAAGCCAUGCUGGCUAAAGUUGCACCUCAUUCCUUAACUUUACUGCAGAGUCUGAUUGAUACGGCCUACUUAAUUAGCACGGAUCCAGACGGCUUAGCAGCCGAAAUACUUACGACUCUUUCUCAGGCCGGUUCACUUAGCCCGGUAGUAUUUGCAAUUGGCCAUAUUGCCAUCAAACACGCCGUUCACUUGGAAAGGGUUGAAGCCGCCUGGAACAUUCGGGGCAAACACAACAAGCCGGAAGAGCCGAAACGGACUAAGCGAGAGAGUCUUGCCAAUCAGGAAAUCCGUGAAAGAAGACUUAGUGUAGGCUCGCGCCGGAACAGCACUAAGAUUACGACGGAAGAGCAGGAAGAAAUGGCCGAUCGAGUCUUUUUCGCCAAAGAGCAUGAAAUCAUCUUUGGGGAAGACUCUGCUCUUCAUCCGUUUAUUGAUUUAGUUGAAGUUGCACUCCAAUCAGAAGACCCACACUUACAGAUAGUUGGACUGGUGGCCAUGGGCAAGCUUAUGGCCAUUAGUAGUGAGUAUAACAGCCGACACAUGCCUAAGCUUGUUGAGAUCCUUAAUAAUGGCACCGAGCAAAUGAAAGUCACAGCUCUAAUUGCGCUUGCUGAUUCUAUUAUGGCCUUCAGUAGUUUGGUUGGCGAUGCCUCAGCCCAUCUAUUUAUUCCACUCGUAUCUUCUGCUAAUACUUCCACUCCAGUCCAAGUCACCGCACUUAUCCUUAUUAGACACCUUUUACGCACAGGUAUGAUCAAAAUCAAAGGCAUGCACUGGCCCAUUUCUCUAUUCCUUUUAGAAACCGGCGAGCUACAAACCAUUGCGCAACGUCUCUUUGAAGAAGCCAUGGAGAAAGAGACUCCACUCAAAAUCCUUUGCGAGGUCAUUAAGUCCUAUGCCCAAGCCAUUAACUUUGCUCCAGAAGAUUCACCAGACACAACAUACGAAUCGACCGAUGCCCAACUCCUAGCUAUCUUAAAACUACUAAUCAAAAACAACAACAUCACCGACCCCAUCAAGAAAAUCCAAGACUGGUCCCAAACCAAAAACGACCCCAGCGUGCUCCGAACCUGCUCAGUAGUCAUCUCAGAACUUGCCAAAGCUCUCAAAGCCACCGAAGCACCUCCUAGCAUAAUCCAAUAA